AUGUGGUAUGGUGAUGUUGGAUGUGAUCAUAAUGUUGAAGAUAACACUUGGCAUAUUGAUGGCAACAAGGAAGGCGAGGAUGAUUUGGGGCAAGACAUGGGUGGAGACUCAGUACAAAAUGAAGAAAUGGAUCAGGGGGAUGAUGAGGACUGGCAUGACAAUGGAGUUGACUCUGGAGGAGAUGAUGAAGAUGAUGAUUUUCAGCAUGGUGAUGGGGAGGAAGGAAAUGAACCAGAUGAUAAUUACCAGGGAUUCAGCCUUGAAGAUGGAAAUCUUCCAAUUUAUCCAGAUGCACCCAUCACCAAGUCACAGAGUCUACUGCUGAUAGUGUCCUAUGUCUUGCGGCAUGGUCUUUCUGAUAGUGCUUUGGAUGAUCUUCUUUCUUUGAUGAAUAUACACUGUCCAAACAGUGUUCCUACAUCAAAGUAUUUGCUGUACAAGAGUGUUGAAGAUUCAAUGUACGAGGUUCACUAUUAUUGCAUGGCGUGCACUGCAUAUCUUGGCCCCGAGAAAUUGACAAGGAAUUGUACAAACUGCGGCAAUGAAUUCAGUGCAGACAUCUCAACUGCAGAGGGUAGUUUUUUUCUCAGGAUGCCCGUCAAAACACAGCUGCAAAGAAUGAUGAAAGUACCAGAAGUGGCAGCUGCCCUUGAAAAUCGAAAUAUUGAUGAAAUCUUGAGAGAAACUAACAUAAAUGACAUUGUUCAUGGUAAACUUUAUAAAAACCUUCUUCAUGAUGGCAUAAUAGGUCCCAGUGACUUGUCAUUAUUGUUCAAUACUGAUGGAGUUUCUAUUUUUAAAUCCUCCAAUUUUUCUGUUUGGCCUUUGUUUGCCACAGUAAAUGAAAUUCCACCACAUAUGCGCAGGAAACAUAUGAUUAUGGCAGGCUUGUGGUUUGGAGAAUGUAAACCCAAAAUGAAUACUUUCUUAAAACCAUUUGUGGAUGAACUUAGAGAUUUGGGUGCAGAUGGUUUGCACUCACCUCUUGGCCAAACCAGGAUUUUUGCUCUUUGCCUGUCAGCGGAUGCACCUGCCAGGUCUUUAGUGAGGAAUUCCAAACAGUUCAAUGGGAAGUAUGGAUGCGACUGGUGUAAGCAGGAAGGCACACCAAUACCAAAUGGAAAUGGUCCUCCCAUUCGUACUUACCCAUACAAUGGUGAAGCACUCCCAAGAACUGACGAUGAUCAGAGGAGAUUGUCAAUAGAGUCACAGAGAACAGGGAUGUGUCAGCAAGGUGUGAAGGGGCCUUCAGUUGUCAUGCAGUUACCACAUUAUGACUCUGUGAAAGGCAUUUGUUCUGAAUCACAACACACAGCUUUCUUAGGAGUUACUAGACAUUUUGUGGGGACUUGUCUGGAUUCAGCAAACAGAGCAGAGGCAUAUUACAUUGGGGACCAAGGAAUUUUACCUGCUGUGUAUAUGAAACACUGGUUCCUAUUUGUAUUUGGUAUUUAUUACCUCAUGAGUGAGAGUGUUUCUGAAAGAAAGGUUCGUGAGAGCAUGCCUCAGGAUGUUUGUUCUGAUGACUGA